GUAGGCAGCAGGGCUUGUGGGAAAUGUAGUCUGGCGACACCGCCCUGCUCUCCAUUCCUGUAAUGGCUGCUUUCGGUCCGGCUGUGUCACGAGUAACCUCUUAGCCUCAGCAUCCGGAAGUUCCAAAGAGAAUAUUUCACGUUGGGUAGAAUUACUUAUACCCUUGUUUCGGCAAGUUCAGCCCUCCAGAUCCUAGCAUCAUGAAUUCAGUUUCAACGCAAUUGAUCUUAGUCCUCGCUUCGCUGCUUUUGAUCCUGCCUGUUGUUGAAGCAGUGGAAGCUGGAGACGCGAUUGCACUCUUAUUAGGUGUGGUUCUCAGCAUUACCGGCAUCUGUGCUUGCUUGGGGAUAUACGCAAGAAAGCGAAAUGGACAGAUGUGACUCUGAAGGACUCUUCUGAAUUAGACUGCACCCUGACCAGUGUGCUGAAAACCAUUGUUCUGUUGAGGCCGACCCCAAGAUUUGAUCUCUCCCGUUCUCAGCAAGAGGGUUACAGUUAGCUGAGAGUUAACACUCUCAGUUAAGAGAUGCUUUCACGUUCAUACUUGUUUCUUCUACAAUGGGGGCAGAUGGGAGUGGAGGGCAGAUGGGAGUGGAGGGCGGCUCUUAACAACAAAGAGUGCACUAAUAAUGUGGCCCAUAACUUGUAUUUGCUGCUUGGGAAGGGGCCAAAGUGAGAGGGCUUAAGUUUGCAAAAGUAUUAUUUCAUACUUUCAAGUUGUCAGAGCACAUGGAAUUGGAAGAUGGAAGUAUUUGUUCAGAAUCUAGUAAAUCUAUAUUGUUAUAAUCACUGCCUCUUGCAUUCUGGGGAUCUCUCUCUCUCACUCUCACUCUCACUCUCUCAGAGAACCGGUUGGGGUGGGUUUUGGAUUUGUUUUAUUGUUGUUACUGGUUUUCUUUUUUUUUAAUGCUUCUGUUUUUAUCUCGCAAGUUGAUAUUGUACUUAGAUCUUAGCCAAAAACUUUUAUCUCUGAGAAAAAGUUUAAUAAAAAUGUACUAAACAUAUCUAAUACUAAAAUAGAGAAAAUAUUUGUUAAAAGAUAACUUUACAUUGAGUAUCUUCUCCUUGUGAGAUGUAUUGUAUCAAAUACAUAGCCAUUAUGCCAUCAGUUCACCUAUUGUUUUGGUCUGCUUGUAUCUAUGAGCUAAUUAUUUAUAAUCUGAGUGAAAAGGGACUGGUUAUGUUACCUUAAAGGAUCACCAUGGGCAAGAAAUGGGCAUCUUUGAGAUAGACGAGGAUUCUGAUAGAAAAUCCACAAAUAGGAAAGGAAGUGUUUUGAUUUGUACACCAGCUAAAAAGGUGUACCCUCUUUGCCCUAGUAAUUCCAAGAGUCCCCAAACCAAUAGAUUACAGAGAUUUUUAAUUCACAUUUUUGGGCCCAGGACAAAUAUUCUGGCUAGAAUUUAAAUUAGAAUGUUAUAGUUUCAAGAAAAACUACUCAAACUGUUAGUACCCAAGAGUCACUUCAGGUCCUUUUGUUCCAAACAGAACUUUUAAUUCUGUCUGUAUUGCAUAGAAGUUGAGAAAGUGGAACCUGAAGACCCAAGCUUGGCAAGGAUCUUCAGGCCUUUGUUUGAUUCUGAAGAAUGAAAUAGUCUCAGUAAGUCAAAGUAGUCUAUGUUCUCAAAGUAGAUAAUCCAGCUGUUCCCCAAAAUGCCUUGUCCAGUCUCACUCUCCAGAUGCCCUUACAGGCCUUGGCUUUUGUCAGGAAGCAGGCUGUGGCCAAUAAAAUUUAGUGUGCAGACCCUUUCCCCACUGAACUGAUGUGGCAUGCCUGAGAGUUCCAGUUAACAGUAAGAAGUAGUAAGGAAUGCUUACAUUAUAAAGACAUGGAAACCAAAUGGGUUUACUGGUUUUUUUUUGGAAGGUAUUUUAUCUUUUCACCAGAGAAAAGGCUAACAGUCUUUGUUUGGGUAAAUUGGCAUUUAAUAAAACGUGUUCAUGCAUGCUUAGGAAAAAAAAGAACAUGCAGGUGGCAGGACAGCUGUCAUCUUUUGUCCACCAGCUCAUUGGAGCAGAUUUAGAAAGGAAGCCUUCUCUUCCUUGCCAGUCUCAACUUCUCUGGGAUGGGGAAAAUCUAACGUAAAGCCCAUUAUAAGCCGAAGUCAUUUAAUCACCUCCUGUUUUCCUACAGGAAAACAGUCUUUACUGACAGUGUGUUUCCAAAACUACUCCAAAGAAUGUUUUCAACAAUGGCCAUUUCUUAUUUUAUCCUUAAAAGCAGAGGUAGAGGGAUAUGCUUUCUAAACAUUUUAGCUUCACUGGGCCAAGGAGAUGACUCAGUGGAUAAAGGCGAAUUCCUUUACUGAUGACCUACCUGAGCUGGAUCCUCAGCAUCCACAUCAAGGAAGAAAAGAACCAACUCCCACAGCCGACAACACCCUGACCACCAUACGUGUUCCCAACAUCUCACAUAUACACUAAAUAAUUAGUGCUUAAUAGAAUUAAAAGUGAGAAGGGAGGAGCUUCAUUUCUUACUUAGACGAUAAGAUUUUGCUUAAACACAAAAACCUGGGCUGGACAGAUGGCUCCAUUGAUAACAAUGCUUCCUGUACAAGCAUGAAGAUCUAACACCCCUAUAAAACCUGGGCAGCAGCACAUGGGUUAAAAUCUCCACCCCAGGGAUAGAGACAGGUGUGUCCCUGGGCCUUCCUGCCCAGCCACUAGCCACUGCACUGAGUUUCAGAUUCAUGGAGAAGCCCUGCUCUCAAAAAUAAGCCUGAGUGAGGAAUAGGUUCGGUGCUCUGUCCUUCUUAUGUGCACACUCAUACUGUGCGCACACACAAACACACACACACACAAAGUCUUAGGGUGGAUCUUAACCACCAGCUCCUUUGAGAAUCUGAUAAAUACUUUUGAUUAUUAUUUUUCCCUAACUAAAUAUCCACACAUGCUCACAUCUUCAGAUUAGUUCACAAAACUUGCAGAGCUAAAACCCAUCUAGGAAUCGACAGUUAAGAAUCUCUGGUUUGCUUGUUCAUUUGUUCCCCAAGUUCAAAUUCUUUCCAAUUGCACAGUUCAUUACAUUGCUUGCAGAGAGAACAGCGGUAGGAUUGACAGGUGUCCCUCGGGUGCCUGGCCCAGAGUCUGAUGUAUGAUAAAUGGUCUGCUAGUUAGAUGGGCUGAGUUUAGUUUUGAAAGCCAGAAACAGUCAAUAAAGAAUUUAAGGUCUUUGUC